AAAGCCCGGUUUAGAGGCGUGCGUGCUAGCGGUUAGCCCUCUCUGCAGAGGCAGCGCAGCGCUGAGGCAGAGAACAGCGUAAUCUCUCCUUUAAUAACUGCAGUCUUUCAUUUAACCUUAUUUUACAGCGUUUAUCUGCUGCUGACUGACUUUACUAAUGUAGCGCAUUCAGCCGAACACCCCCGUCCACUAACAUUAACACUGAGAUCACUGUGAUUCUAGCUGAGAGACUACUGAACACAGCCUGUUUACCACAUUGUUCAUUAUGGGUAAUUAACUGCAGGCUGGAUUAUCAAAUACAACCCAUAUUUAUUUCAGUAUAUUUAUUAUCAGCUUUUCUUUACACAACAACGUUAAAUUUAUUUAGCUCUGUGAAUUCACCGAUAUGCACCAUGAAUAACACUAUAAACACUGGAUUUGAAUUAAAAACGUGUAAAAACAAACAUUAUCAUUAAAAUAUUUUUUAUUCUGAACAGUCUAAUAUGAUUUUAUUAGUUAUACACCAUUUCUCCCAAAUUCCAAACAAAGUUAUUGUCAUAUAGAGUACGUAUUUGCAGAAAAUGAGAAAUGCUCAAAUUAACAAACAAAAAAAAGAUGCAGAGCUUUCAAACCUUAAAUAAUGCAAAAUAAAUGUUCAUAUUUAUAAAGUUUUAGGAGUUCAGAGAUCAAUAUUUGGUGGAAUAACCCUGUUUUUUAAUCACAGUUGGCAUGUUCUCCUCCACCCGUCUUACACACUGCUUUUGGAUAACUUUACGCCACUCCUGGUGCAAAAAUUAAAAGUUCAGCUUGGUAUGAUGGCUUGUGAACAUCUUCCUCUUGAUUAUAUUCUAGAUGUUUCAAUAUAUAUACACACACACACACACACACACACCAUACCAUAUUGUUAGUUUCUUGUCAUUUUAACAGCUAUAGCUUGGCUGUUUAUUAGCGAGCUAACUCCCUUAUCCUUUAAUGUAGCUUUUUCAUUAAAUACCUUUAUUCUUAAAAACCUAAGAAUGAAUAUGGUCUUGUCUGAACAUCCUGUCAAUGUAUCUUUAGUUCUGUAAUCCUAAUCCACAAAAUCCUCUUUGUUUUAGACUGGAGUUCAUGUCUGCUAUAGCUACACAACAUGAAAGAGAAGGAGAGGAGGAAUGUGGGACAUGCCUGUGAAUUUCUACAAGCUGGCUUCUGUGCAGCAGAGAACAGCAGUGUGAACAAAAGCAUGAAACCCUCGGCGAAUGGAUCAGAAUCGAAACUGGGUAUAAACACAGAUAUGCACCUUAAAGAGGAUUCAUUUACAACCACAGUCUCUGAGAACUCUACAUCCUAUCAGAAUUUAUCCACACUGCAGACAGGCAGUGUUGUCAUUUUUGAUCCAGAUGGGCGACCACUUCAGUGUGAGUGCAUGGUGAUUGGCCAGUCAGAAAAUGGACAGUUAUAUGUUAUCCCAUCCAAUCAACUUGGAGGAACACGAGUGUUGCUGCCUAAUGGACAAAUGCUGAAUGCAGCAGUUUCAGCAGGUUCCAAUCAAGAAAAUAAGCCCACCCUCAGUGCAGCUACCAGUGACUGCAGUGCCAACACUUCAACCACUGUAACUUCCUCAAAUGCCACAUCUGUCAAGGCUGAGACAGAAAUUUCUCUAGAUGAGUAUGUGCCUUCACCAAAGUGUCUGCCUACAAGUGCUCCAAAUUGGGCGAAGAGGCUUCGUAGCUGUGAGAAAAUUGGGGACUCGUACCGUGGUUACUGUAACACAGAAGCUGAGCUGGAGGCUGUGUUGCUUCUGCAUAAGCAGCAGACUCACUCUGUGUUUGGCACCCGCCAGUCUCCCUCACCAGCCAAGCCUGCCAGCCGCCUUAUGUGGAAGUCUCAGUACGUGCCAUAUGAUGGCAUACCAUUUGUAAAUGCUGGAAGUAGGGCUAUUGUGAUGGAGUGUCAGUUUGGACCACGGAGGAAAGGUGUCCAGCUCAAAAAAGGAACUGGACAAGAAACCAGCCAAAACCCCAGUUAUAAAGCUACCUGUCCUGCAAGAAUAUAUAUCAAGAAAGUACGAAAAUUUCCUGACUAUAAGGUUCCUGUAGACCCAAAGGUAGACAAGAAGUUAGUACGGCAGGAGCAGGAGAAAGCCUUCUGCAACCUAAAGAAGAAACUGUGGGACACUGGGGGUGUCAUCAGGUAUUAUAUUCAGCUUCCCACCCAGAAGGCCCACCUUUAUCAUGAUAUAGACAUAGCACUUCUCCCCCCACCCCCUGAGCAGCCUGGCUUUCCAAAGGAGGAGAAUGAAGAGGAGAAUGAUGAAGAUGAGGAAGUUCAGAAAGAUGGAGAGGAAGUUGUAGAGGAGGAAGAUGUCAGUUUGGUUCCAUCACGACUGCACCCUCUAGUGGCAGAGAAGAUUAAUGAGCUGGUGGCACGAGGAUGUAACCAAGUCUACUCUAUUCGCAAGCAGCUCAGGAAGUUUGUAGAACGUGAGAUGUUUAAGGCAGACAGUGUGCCAGAGAGACACAAUCUGUGCUACUUCCCCACUGUCAAUGACAUCAAGAACCACAUGCAUGAAGCUCAGAAAUACCUGCAUCUGACAGAUGUAGUACUGGUCUCUCCAGGAUCUGAGUGGAAGCCAGAGGGUGAGAACCUCCUUACAGAGACUGUGACCUUGACACUGACCCCUGCCUCUAUUGAUGAAGACUCUAAGAAAGAAGAUCUUUUAGAAGAGAGUGAUACUCUUUGUUCUGAGGCCGUUCACUUCUUCAGCUCUCUGACCUCACUUCAGCCAAAGAUCUUUGCACAACUGCAGUGUGUGCAGUUGCAGUCAGCCACGUGUCCAGCAGAGGGCUCUCCUGCACAGCAGUCUGUUUCAGCAGUAGAGCCCGCUGACCCCUCCAACCCUCUGAACCCACAGACUCUGUUCCUGAACCCGUCUUCCUUCCUGCAGUCUAGCUCUGCAGCUGGAGAGGUUGCAGCUGUGCCUGGGCCUCCGGGCUUGCUGGGUAUGGGUCAGCUGGUUAACAUCUCCACCAUGGAUGCCGGGGGGACUGAGGAAGGGGUCACGCAAAUCCUACUAGAAGACGGCCAGACCAUUCCAGUGCACAUUGUGGAUCCAUUCAGCAUAGCUCAUCCUGCUUCAGUGGAGGUUGAGGAUGGCAUUGAAGUGAAAUCGACAGACAUUUCAACAGAGCAAUCCAGAGACCAAGGCUAGAACCACUAUUUAACCAAUGAAGUCUUGUAUCCUGAUAUUUUCACAGUGAAACUGAUCAAUGUGGACUGAUUUACUGUGAACUGUGUUACUGACUGAACAUGGCAACCUAUGCAACCCAUGUUUCCAUGUUUGUUUUUUUGUUAUAAAUAAAUUAUGUAUUAAUUUAUUGAGAGUGCAGAUGUGCAAUAAAUGCAGAGAAGGAUGAAUGAGAUGAAAGUCA